AUCCAUUUCUGCAUUUUAAAAAGUUAUGCUGCACUGAAGGAGCAGGAGAGUAACCACUAAGGAAUCAAACCAUGUUUACUGUCCUUUGGAUGACAUUUCUUUUCUUUUUGUGGGGUUCCACCACAUAUACAGUUGAAUCAGCCCUUGGAAGACCGUCCUGUUACAAUGGAUACUGCAUUACUCUCAAUGAGGGAGAAAUAAGUGCAGAAGCUGGACUGUGUGUUGUGAUACCAUGUUCCUUCACCACCGCUGAUGGAUUUACACCAAAAAGUAUCGUCUGGUUUAAAUGUGACUCCUGGAAAGGGAGAUGUGGUGACCCUGACAAAGUAUUUCACAUAAAUCGUAACAAGGUUCCACCAGAAUUUCUAGGACGGGUUUUACAGUUGGAUCCUGAUGUGAGUCAGGGGAACUGUAGCAUCAUGAUCAAUGACCUCACCACAUCUGAUUCUGGAUCAUAUCAGCUCAGAGUUAAUGGUCUUUACUAUGGAAGAUCAGAUGGAUUUACGUUCUCUUCAAGAACAAUUCUCUCUGUGAAAGAUCUAAACCAGAAGCCCUCACUGACGAUUCCUCCACUGACUGAGGGACAGCAGGCCACUCUGACCUGCACUGCUCCUGGUCUCUGCUCUGGGUCUCCUCCUAUCAUCACCUGGAUGUGGAGAGGAAAAGAAGAAAUUGAAGCUAAUAUUACAGGAAACACGACUACUUCUUUUAAAACUGAGAAUCUGACUGCUGUCACACAGAGGCACAGUUUGAUUCUUACCUUUAACUCUUCAGCUAAGCAUCAUGACACCAACGUAACCUGUAAGGUCAGCUUCAUGAGUGGCAUAACCACAGAGGAGACUGUGACCCUGAAAGUAAACUAUAAAAGACAACCUCAGAUCAGUGGAAAGACUACUGUGAAGGAAGGAGAUGAUCUGAAUCUGACCUGCAACGUUGAAAGUUUUCCUCAAUCAGUUGUUGUGUGGACUAAACAUUCAGGAAGUGGGAUUUACUUCCAAAAUAACACUGGAUCAGCAACACUUGUCAUCUGGAAUGUGACAGCUGAGGAUUCUGGGCGAUAUGUCUGCACAGCGACUCACCUAAAUGAAACAGUGUCUGUAUAUGGUGAUGUAAAAGUGACUUGGUUUUCAAAGAUACUGAAAGGUUCUGAAUGUGUGCUUCAGUCAGCACUCCUGACCUGUGUGUGUAUCACUGAGGGGUUUCCUCUACCCACUGUAACAUGGCCUCUACUGAAAGACCACACAGAGUACUCUGUCAUUAACACUGUGUUAAACCACACUGUUAACAGCACUGUCAUCAUGUCCCUUGAAAAUCUCCAUUAUGUCAGUGUUGAAUGUUACAGCAGCCAUGAAAAUGAAGAAGCAAAAGAAACCCUUACAGUCCAAGAAUACUUCACAGAAAAAGAAGCCAUUCAGUCUAAAACUACUUUAGAAAAGGUUUUCAGCCUGGAAGUCAUUGUUGCCUUUCUGAUUGGAGUUCUACUUUCAGCUAUCAUUUGUCAUUUGGCUGUAAAAUGCAACAGGAAGGCACUGAAGAAGUCUGAGAAUGAGGAUGAAACUCUGGAGGUGAUCUCUCAACAUGAUCCACUGAUCGACGAUGGUCAGGAGGUUCAAAAUGACCAAUCCCUUGUGCAAGAGGAAACUGAGAACGUACCUAUGGCAGGAGAGAAGUGGGCUUCAGAAAUCAGCAAUGAUCCAAAAGAUGUGCAGUAUGCUAGCAUUGAUUUCUCAAUCAUGAAGAGAAGGAGUGCAAAAGAGGCAACAAAGGAACAAGCGAGCUCUUUGACUGAGUAUGCAGAGAUUAAAACUAGACCAAAAGAGCAAAGGAAAGAUAGCACUGAAGAGGGAAGUGAGACGCUGGAGGGCGAAGAGGAUUUGGUAACAAAGCAUGAUGAGGAGAUGAAAUAUUGUCUCUCAGAGGACCAGAGUGAAGUGGAGGCAGUUUACUCCACUGUCAAAGAUGUUUUAGAUGAGAUCUAAGAACUGAGCUUCAUUAGCUAGACAAAUAUGUUAUUUGUAUUCUGUGCACACUCCGACAAUGGCAUUACAGCAUUUUUAUGCCGUUUUCCAUUGUAAAAAAAAAAAUCAUGCAUCCAUCUGUCCUUUGCAUACAUCCACUUGUCCUUGAUCAUCUACUCAUCUUAAAGUUUAUAGAAAAAGGAGGAGAAACUUUAGAUUUAGUGAUGUUUGCAGCAAUUCCCUGGAUGUGCUAUGUGUUUUGCUGAUUCCAAUUUGACAGCAAGGUUCAAGAAAUGUACAGAUUUUACUUCCACACUGGGAUAUGCAUAAUAUCAUACUUGUACUUUAGUAAUACAGGUAAGCUAAAAUGUAAAAUGUAUUCAUACUGUAAAUAUAAAGCUAGCUUUAAAGGGUUUAUCGGAUAAUAAUAAUUUUUGAAAACGAUCUGGUUGAUUUGUUUAUGUCUCAUUUGUCUGUAUGUUUUAAUGUAUAAGAGCUUAUUUAAAAACAUUGAGCAGUGAACAGAAUAAAACUAGUUUUAAGCAUUUUGGGAAGACUUCUAAAGAGAGCCUUGAUACGGAGCGUACAGUCAGAAUAGGGAAACAACAAAGAAUGCCCAGACACUUCACUUUGACUAAGCAGAAAGAAGAAUGUUGAGGAAACUAAGCUUGCAUUAAGAAAUCCAGUUAGCACCAUCAGAUAGUUAUAGGACUCUCUAAUCCCACAGAAUCCUUUCAACAGUGGAUUAACAUGUGUGAAACACAUGACAAAUCAUGUAUGUCCAAUGUGUUUAUAACACUGGACAUAAGACUGCCGAGGCUAUAAAUAAUGUGGGGAAGUAGCUACAAGCCCUAGCUUGACCCAAUUCAUUUUUUGAUUAAUUUAUUUUGGUUUCUUUUUUUUUUUGUAAUGUUGUAAAUUUACCAAAAUAAAGUUUAUCUGAAUGAAAAAAA